AUGUCCCCCGCAGAGCACCUUCCGCCCAAGGCCUACUUAGUCCCAUGCGACUUCACCUCCGCCGCACAUACGGGACUGCUUUAUAACCAGCGAGUGACCUGCGGCUGGGCAGAGGGGGGCAUCGAGACGUGGAAAACCCUCUCUGCCCAGGGAAAUUUGGUCAUGUACUGGCUUGUACUAGACGACGGCCUACCCGAGAAAGAUGACCUGAUCAAAACCCACUGUGAGCGAUACCCGAAUCAAGCAACUCCAGUUCAGGACACAGCCGCUCAGAUAUGGGGUCAACAGCGCAAGCCCUCCAACGCCAGCUUCAUUCCCAUUGGCCACAUCGGCCUCGGUAGGCUUCAGCCUGAAAGUGAGUACGUGCUCACGAUGAAGCAAGUCCAACCGCCUCCAGGCCCAACCGACGUCAUAACCUGGAUCGGUCCCUUGUACAUAUCUUGGGCCAUGCAGAGGCUAGGAAUCGGCAAUCUUGCCAUGACCGAAACUGAGCGACUGGCGGCUUCGCCGCCCGUCAACGGGACCAUCGUCGCCCUGGAUGCAAUUGCGCCCGAUCACGCGCUGGCCCCGGCGCUGCUGAGGACCUAUUACACCCAUUUGGGAAUCCCCCUACCAGUUAGAUCGAACCAUGACUGGUAUCUCAGUAAGGGUUACAGGCCGUACCACCGCAAAACUGCCUAUCCUUGGACCGACACUGUAACUGGCGAGGUCAACAUGUUGGAUACUGUAUAUAUGCAGAAAAGGCUUUGA